AUGAGUGAGACGUUGAGCAGCCUGCUCGGCUACAUUUCCAUCGCCUGUUGGAUCGUGGUCUACUCACCGCAGAUCAUCGAAAAUUACCGUCUCCAAUCUGGGGAAGGCAUCAGCAUCGGAUUUGUUAUUAUCUGGCUUCUUGGAGACUUGUUCAGCCUAGGGGGUGCUUUGCUCGCAAGGCUCAUCCCCACAAUUAUCAUCCUCGCGUUAUAUUAUUCUAUCUGCGACGUCGUCUUGCUCUUCCAGAUUUACUACUAUCGCUGGAAGGGCACCGCGAGAUUUGAGAGAUCCGACCCGGCCAGAGUCGCGGGUUUGUCCGAAAGAACAAACGAAGAAGCCCCCUUGCUGCCGCCUGAACAUGCACACGAAGUCGAGAACAAACCCUCGCCCGCGCUCCAAACAUGCGCGAAGUACGGAGCUGCGCUCCUAAUCGUCUACGCCUCUGGGGCCGCCGCAUGGUGGGUGAGCACGCGCAUUAACACAGGCAAGCCGAGCACGAAACCCGGAGAAGUACUCGAGUGGCGUAGUCAGGUCAUGGGCUGGAUCAGCGCCGUCCUUUACCUUGGAGCCCGGCUUCCACAGAUCAGCGAGUUUAUCCACUGCAUGUCAACGUCGAAGCUGUCUAACGAUGCCCCAGGGAAGAACUUUGUCACAAAGUGCGAAGGACUCUCGCCGGGACUGUUCAUGUUCUCGAUCUCUGGGAACACCACAUAUGCGUUGUCUAUCAUCGCGGCCUCGGUUGAGCCGCGGUAUCUGAUCGCGAACGCCAGCUGGCUUGCGGGGAGUGGGCUGACUGUUUUCCUGGACGUCUUCGUCCUGGGCCAAUUUUACUACUACCGUUCGACAGAGCAAGCGAGUGUGCGCGCCGAAACGUGA